AUGGCCACUCAAGCCUUUAGCAGUCCCGUGCCUCUCACCUCCGACGAGGAGGAAUUCAUGAAGCACGAGCACGAGCUCACGAUCACUGAUACGUUUCAAUUGACUCUGGAACAACUGGUUGUCGAACGUCCCGGGGCAGGUCUUAAUCUUGGACAUAUGCCGAGCCUGAAAGAGAGAUUUCCUGUUUUGUUCUUGGGCGAAUGGGAAGCCGUCACGCUUCUGGUUCGCGAAUGUUGUAUGCUGAGGGUUGUCAACGAAUUGUCUGAUAAACCUCAGUGGUGGCUCAAGGUCAAAGACGAUAGUAUUGCUUCAAAGUGGAAAUCGGAGGCUUUGACAAUCGACUGGGCAUCGUAUAUCGAGUAUGCUCACUUCACUCCUUCUAUGGCCGAUGCGUGCAUCAGUGAACUGCGGAAGAAGGCGGUAGUGUAUGAACAGACAGGGCUUAUGCCGGUCUACGAUUACUGUACUGCCGUCAUCAAGUCUGACAGCAUCCUUACCCCCGAGUUCGCCAAGUCUAUCCAAGAUGCUAUCAAGCCACUUGAGGAUGUCCCCUCAGACUGCAAAGACUGGCACCCUAACAGCAAUGAUCAAGUCUUGGAUCUAGUUCACCCCUCCCUCUGGCCCUUGGUAUACGGUAGCUCUAAGGUGCUUCAUGACCGCACAAUCGGCGUCGAUGACGCUCUUGACUACUGCGGCAUGGGUACUACAAUACGCCAGCCGACAAAGGCGGAGGCUACACUAUCUCCCACCACUUCUUGGAGGAACACUUCGAGAAACAAGGUGUUGAGCAGGGAGUUUCAAUGGCUACCAUGCGAUGUGGACCUCGAUCGAAUGACUGGAAAAGCCAGAAUUGCAAGCUACAUCAACAACCUUCAUCCUGUAGAGCAGGCUCACCUCUAUCCAAUCAUCGAGCAGCUCAUUGAGAAGUCUUUACCAGCUUGGGAUCUUAUCUACAACUGGGAGGAAAAGUUUGCGAUUCAGCGUCUCGUAACAUCCAAUGUUCAGAAGCCAAUGUGCCCUUGUCCGGACAUUUGCGGUCGACGCCGUGCAUGCAGGCCCCAGGCACGUCCUCUUGCCGAGGGAGAAGUUCCACGAAACCGAAAGGAUCCGGAGCGCAACGCUCGUGACAAAGCCUGGUUCAGAGAGACUCAUGGCCCUGCCCUUCCUGACGCUGACCCCGAGGCAAAAGAUUACGUCAAAUUCGCCGCUUCCGACAUCAGAAGCAGUGGCUUCUUUGGAUGCAAAGACCGCUGUCAAGUCAUUGUCAAGUUGGCCAAUAUCCAUCUCACGCCAGAGAACCCUGCAUACAAAGGUGGCUCUUGGCAUACAGAAGGUCUUUUGAACGAACAUAUUGUCAGCACAGCACUGUACUACUACGAUUGUGAGAACAUCACGGACUGCACUCUCAACUUCCGGACAUGUGCCAACAGAGAAGACCUUGAUGAUUCUGAGUCACGAACGUCGCUCGACUAUGAGCAGUACGACUGGUGGAGUAUCAAGCAGGCAUUCGCAAUCGAACCUCGGGGCCACACAUUUCAGAAUGUGGGAUCAGUACAGACGAAAGGAGGCCGGGCAUUAUUCUUCCCUAACCUCCUCCAACACCGAGUUUCUCCCUUCAAGCUGGCAGAUCCCUCAAAGCCUGGUCAUAGGAAGAUUGUAGCUCUCUUCCUCGUCGAUCCAGCCAUUCCUAUCAUCAGCACGUCAAACGUGCCGCCUCAGCAGAAACACUGGUGGCCUGCUGAGCCUAAGACUGGUCCAUUGCCCGUGCCAGCAUCAGAUGACCAGGGAUUGAUUCAGUGGGAAACGGCUCAGGAAGAGUGGGUUAACUCCGAAGAAGCUUGGUUGAAGGCUCGAGAGAGUUGGGAACAGAGCCUUAGUAGAGACAGGUGGCCCAUCGGAAUGGAACAGGCCAAGGAGCUGAGGAAGGAGCUGAUGGCUGAAAGAACGUGGAUGAAAGAGAAGGAGGCUGAUUGGCUCAAGACGGAAUGGAACUUCUGUGAACACUAG